AUGGUAAACGAAGAUGCUCGCAGGAGAUCUAGAGCCUCAGAAGAGAUUCACGGUGAAGUGAAACGUGGUAAGUUAGCAGAUAAUAAACAUCGCAAUGGGCUUGACCCAGAGACUGUGCUUGCUGAAAGAAUGCGACAUUACGGUCUUGAUUACGUGGAAGAUGCCGAAGAGCAUAGUAAGAAUGUGUUUGAUAAGUCGUCGAAAUGGUUCAGUAGAGACGUCAAGCCAAAGUUCCCAAUUGAUGAAUGCCUUCCGUACAAGAUUGAGUCACACUUGGAGCAGGCCAAGUAUGUAUGUCAUAUUUUGAUUAACCUUUAUGUGGCUAUCAAUUCAAAGGAUAUCCAAGGUUUGAUUUCCAUCUCAACUCAGGACUUUGCAGAAUUGAAACAGGACAUUCAGUCAUAUGGGGUAGAAAAUGGUGUUGUAGAUACAGAUAUGUUGAAUUCUGACAUUGCUGAUUUUGACGAAGGUGAGUACAUGGAGGAGCAAAUUGAUGAAAACGAGUACAUUGAUCUUGCAGGUCCUGAUUUUAAUGCCAUAGGUAAGAUUACAAGUGCCUCUGCCACCAUAGUCAAUGUUAACUAUUGGACCAAUGAAUUGAAAAAUUGCAUGCAUAUUGACUUUCCCUUGGCAUUGAGGAAGAAACUGGCUUCUGUUUACUAUUAUUUAUCGUUGGUUCAAGGACAAAAGAUUUAUAGACAGAUGCAUGUUGAAAUGUUCGAACAAUUAGUCAGCAAAGAUGAUGACGGUACAAACUUCACCGACUUAUUGAUAAAAGACGGUUUAGUAUUGGACUACUCUCUCCUGUUUGACUACUUAUCAGAAUUUUUACCUUAUCCAGACUCAGAUUAUGUUCGUCAUGAUAUUAACUCCAAAGAUGACUUGCAAUUGUUUAGAUUACUGCUCAAAUUAGCACAUCAAGCAAAACCUUUCUUUAAUGAAAAGGAUACAAAACUGAUGACAAGAGUGAUGGAUAGUUUCAUGUCAAGUUUGGCUCCUUCAACAAUGUCAACUGUGCUUCCAAUGAUCACAUCUUUCGUACCAUACCAUUAUCAUAAAGAUGCAAAAAUUCUAGAUUAUUUUCCACUCUUCUUUAGUUUAUGGAGUUCAGUAAGUGCAAAUAUUGCAAUUGAUACACAUAUGUAUGAUUUUGUAGGAAACAUUUCUGAAGAUGUACAUUCUAAAUUAUUAAAAAAUGAUGAUAGAAUAAAUGAUGUUGAAUUUACAAAAUUUGGUGUAUUUACAGCUUCUCAACUCACCUUUUUGUUUAAUAGAGUACAAGGACAUUUGAGAACUGAUGGACAAAUACAUUCUUAUUCAAGGACAGUCAGACCAUUUGUUUACUGUAUCAAUGGUUCUUCACAUUCAGAAUAUUUUGCUAAAUUAUCAAGUUUAGUGAAUUCAAUUGAAACUUUUGUUCAUCCAUCAAAUAGUGGUUAUUGGACAAAGACCAUCGCUAAAUUUAUUCAUGGUUUCAUUAAAAUGUAUCAUAAGAGAUAUACAUUUGAAAAAUAUAUAUCAAGUAAAAGCUCCAAUGACUUUAGGUUAACAGAUGAAUGUCACGCUAAAAUAGUUGAUACUUUCGUUGAUAUAUUGAUAACAGGAUCUCAAAGUAAAGGUAGUGAAAUUGCAAACUAUUAUAUAUCAUCAUUUGCUUACCUUCUAGAUCUAAACCCAACGAAUAAGCAAAAGAUAUUCGAUAAGAUUUUAGGUGACUUAUAUGAAGCAUUAGGUGGCGAAUAUGUACAUUCAAGACAUAGGAUCAUAUCAUCUUUGAAACAAUUUACAAGAAUAGUGAGAUAUAUGGCUACUGAUACCCUAUAUAGGGUCCAUGUUACUAAUAUUUUAUCUAUGUUAGUGUCAAAAAUGGAUAUAAACGAUACUAAUUUAACGAGUAAUUUGAUAAACGGUAUAGUAUCAACUGCAUCUUUUAUACCUUUUGCAAAUAUGAUUAAAGAUGAUGAGUAUUUGACUUUUGAAUCACAUACUUUACCUUUUAUUGAACAACAUUAUUAUUAUAUCAAAUCAGAAGAAAACAAUGGUCAAUUUCAGUACGAUCCAGAGAUUUUGCACAAUGCAUUUAGGGCAUCUACGACUAUUUUUGAAAAUAUUGCAAGAGAAUAUAUUGACAAGUUAUUUCAAUUCAUAUCUGUUGAUCUAGAAGAUGGUUUCAUUUCUAAAAUAAACAAUACUACUAUGCUUAUGCAAGAAUCUAUGGACGACAAAAUAUUUGCAUAUUAUUCCAAGAAACUUUUAACUUCAUUCUGGGAAAAUGAUCUAAUAGUUGAGUCAAAUCCAAAUUAUGAAUUAUUGACGAUUCCUUUAGCAGCUUUGGUUAAAAGAGAUCCAACCUUAUGUCAAUCUAUAUUUAAAAAUUUAGCAUUCAACAUUAGAAACCAAAUUGAAAAAGGUGCAGGUUCUAUUAGAAGCACAUCAGAAAUCCAACAAAGAGAUUACAGAUUAGUUCUCUAUUUAACCGCAAUGAACGAUGUUAUUAGACAAUCAUAUUCUACCGUUUUGAGUUUUCAUAAAGAAUUAUUUGAUUUUAUGACAUACAUUUACGAUAAUAUCACCAAUCCUCCGAUUGAUAUUAUAACAUCUAUUCUAAGUCACAGUGUGCUUGCAACUUUGACUACCACUGAAGUUGUAAAUUCACCUUUGUUUGCCAAGGAUUGUAAAGUGUCAUUGGAAGAUCGUUGGGGAGGUAUGCAAUUUGACGACUCCAAAUUCAAUAAAGAUAACUUAAAAUUUGAUUGGCACGUAUCUACCCAGGAAGAAGUUGCAGUUGCAAUUGAAUUCUUAGAGAACAUAUUUAAAUAUUGCAAAGAAAAUACUUUGAAAACACUAGAGAGUGGUGAAACUGGCUCUUUUUUCGUUGAUAAAAUACAAAAAUAUGUUUUGAUUAUGACACAUACAUUAUCAGGUGCAAGUUUGCUAUUUGAUCCUGAUUUCAACCAACAACUUAUUAAACUAAAUCAUGAUUUAAAAACUAAAGAUAUGUCAUCAUACAAAGAAAUUUUCUCAUCUAUGAUGAGUUUGAAUUUCAAUCAAAGUUAUUUAGAUGAAUUUGAAAAAGAAUCAAGUAGCACACCAAGUACUCUAAAUUCAGAAGAUGCUGUAGAAAUGAAAGCUAGUUCAACGGAUGAAUUAGUUACUGAAGGGGAGAUAGAUGAACUUGCUGUUCAAUCAUUUGAAAAUACACCAAUCCCGGGAGCAACUUCCUCUAGUGGUGAAGAAACUGCAGUCUUUAGAGAAAUAGAUAUAUUUGCUUGUAAUUAUUUCUUUGGAGUAACUACAGAGGAAAAGUUUAACAAUCCAAGAUAUUUACAUGUUCACCAUAUUAGGAAUGAAAUUGGUUUGUUUUUCCAUAAACUAUUUACAUAUUUAUCUAAAAAUUUUGAAGAUAACACUAUGAUAUUUCAAAUUUUAUUACAUGGUUUGAAAGUUUGGUUUACUGAUGUUGGUCAAGAAGUUAUCUUUAAUGAAGAUCAAACUGCUAAGUUAGAUUUAGAAUUUUUGGAAAAUAUUCAAACAUUAUCUCAUCUUGUGGAACCAUUUACAAGAACUGCUUUAUCUGUAAAAGCUGAUAAUUAUCACCAGAGUAGAGUUUAUUUACAUUCCACAAUUAGAAAACCUUCUUUGUUAGAGAGGCGCUUGUUAAAUGAUAUUGUUGUGUUGGCUGCAUCAGUUUAUCCUGACGUUAGUAAACCAGCACAAGGUACUUUGGUGCAUUGUAUGAAACAGUUGUUUGGUUCUUACCUUUAUGUUAUUGAAUUGAUUAUUAGAAAAUUAAAUGAAUGUAUUAAAUCGAACUCUUAUAUGGAAAUUGAAGUCGUACUAUCUAUAUUAAUGAUUAAGAAGAUUCACAGAAGGUUAAUGUCCGACUACAAUAAUCAAGAACAGAUCAUAAUAUUAUUGAUUCAAUGUUGUGGUAUUCAUGAAAUGGAUAUAGCAUUGUAUGCAGAGAAGAUUUUGAAUGAUAUUGUUACUGGUUUAAAGAUUCCAUCAAGUGUCUGUGUUAUUGAUGAAAAUGCUAAGAAAAACAUUUCACCUUCUGAUAAUUUAAUUGAUACUCAGGUUUCAUUAAUUGAGAAAGCAAAGAAUAACAAAAGAAAGUUAUAUUUAUCUAGAUUAUCUAAAAUUAAAGAUAAACUAUACACGGAACUAAAAAAAGAUCCAGAAGGGAAUUGGAAAGUAUCGAUGUUUAUUGUACGUUUCAUCUCUAAGUUAGAAGCUAGUUUAGAAUUUCAAUCUGAUGUAAAAUCAUUAGAGAUCAUAUUUGAACAGAUUCAAACCAAGCACCCAAUGUUGAUUCAAUUAGGUAUUAAAUGUCUAUUAGGAAUUUUCAAUAAAAUUCUAUCGCUGUCUGACUACAAAUAUGACAUAACUAGAGCUUAUGUCAGUAAUUUUGAUCCAGCAUCUGUUAAUAAAAUAGAUACAUCUCAAACUUCAUUUAAUAAGACCUUCCAAACAGAAAUGAAUAAAUUUGAGAAUCCAAGUUAUUUUAUCGACUCAAGACCAUUCGUUGGUUGGUUAUGUUGGGGUAGUCCAAUGAAAGUACUUCAAACUCGUCAAGUCGACUUAGUUUUACAAAAUUAUGAACAAGAUAUGUUAAUUAAGUUUUCUAACUCUGUUACAAAAGAGUUCUUAAAAGAAUUAGUAUCAAAUUUUGUUAAGGAUAAUGAAACGAAAAGUAUUUUUAGCAGUGGAAAUGUCUCUUUCUAUAUGUUAGUAGUAUAUGCAUGUUCGCAAGAACAUUGCGAAUAUGAUAUUGAUUUCUUAUUUGAAUUAUGUGAAGAGACUUAUGAUAAGUAUGAUAAAGCAAGUAUGAUUAUGUCUGUUGAGAUAUUUUCUGGUUUAAUUUGUGGUAUCAAAUAUUUGGAUGAGAGACGUGUUGGCGAAGUUGAUAAAUUUGUUGAUAGAUUCUUAGAGAAAUGUUUAUUUAAUGAAUUAAAUCAAGACGGUUUUGAAAUAUGGGGCACAAUAUGUUGGUGGCUACCAACUGUUGUUGAUUGUAGAAGAUGUCCAGCAAUGUAUAAGAGGUUUUCUGAUAUUAGCAGCAUUAUUGAAAUGAGCAAUGAAGACGUUAGUAAUCAGGUGUCUAGAAUCAAUAUGUUCCGCAACUUAUUAAUGGGCAUUGAAUACAAAUCUCCUAACACUUCGCCUGUUUUAGAAUUAUUGAAAUUUGACAACCAACAUGAGCCAAUAAGAGAAGUGUCAGCUAAAUUGUUGAGUACGAUCAUUCAGAAUCGAAGUGCUCCAAAUUAUGUAUCUAGUGAGGAAGUUAUCAAAGCCCAGAGUGAGAACAGCAGUGGUCUUGGGAUCCCUAUUAAAAGGAUGCCACCUAAGAUUGGAGAAUACAUUGCAGCCCAAUUUGCAAUGAUCAAAGAAGAGUCAUUGAAGGUUACAGAAAUGACUCCGCAAGAGAUUCUAAAGUCUAGGUACUAUUUCAUGGCGUCUUCUAUGUACUUCCUGUUGAGUGAACUGGGAAGAGGGCCUAACAAAAUUCUUUUGGUUCCUUAUAUUGUUGAGUACGUCAUGCCAUUUUUAAUGGACCUUACAACUCACAAGGACAUGUGCAAGAUCAGUGGUUUGGACCCUGCCAAGUUAUACGUAUCAAUCGCCUACAUGCCUAUCCCAAGAGCGUACAUCUCUGAUAUCAUCAAUUUGAUCUGUGACGACUCUGUUGUUGCCUCGUCGUUCCAAAAACAGUUGCAAAUGAGUUUGAUCCAGCAUUUCUUGUCGUCGCAACUUCUGCAACUGACCGAAACUGAGAAGAGCAUGAUUUUGGAGGAGAUCAUUACGAACCUGUACAACUCGCAGUACAUCGAGGUGCGCAUGAGAGCUGCAGAGGUGCUGUCUGAUAUAGUGCACAAUUUUGGCGAUGAACAACGAUUAACGAUGCUGAUUGCGAGGUUCUCGAAAGAGCUGUGUGGCUUCUCGUGGGAGCCCGCCAGAGCAUGUCGAAGACCGACGUCAAAGUCCACGGCAGUGUGGUCGGGCUGGGGGCCGAUUGUCUCCGCAUUCCCGUACGUGUUCCCAUUGCCGAAGUGGAUACCUGAACAAUUGAGUGUCCUGGCUUCGUGGGCCAGGACCCAUGGGAUGGCAGGCAUCGCUGCCAAGAACACCAUUUCCGAGUUCAAGAAGGUGCGCACCGACACCUGGCAGUUCGACCGCCAGGUGUUCAGUGGCGAGCAACUGGAAGACAUGGAAGGAGCACUAUGGCGCAGCUAUUACGCCUAA